GGUAUCCAUCGCGUGCUGCUCAGCAUUUCGGCCUGUUUUUUUGAAGUCCUUUUCACCUCACGCGAUCGCGAGGCGCCCCCCCAAAGAGAAGAAGAUCAAAGGCCUUCUCCCCUCUCCUCCUGUUGUCGCGCCUUGUCCACCUCCCCGUAGGCGUUCGAAGCGGCCGCGCGUUCCCACGUCCAUUGAGCAAUCGUGCGUACAAACAACUGCUGCUCACUAAGCAGCUUUGCUCUGCUUUCACGCCCUUUUUUUUUGGCAUACAUCCGCAUACACAGAACUCACGCACAAAGAAACAUGUCGAUAGUCAAGGUCACCGUGACGCACUCGGCGAGUCAGCGGGUGGUGCCGGAGAAGGCUUACGGCCUCGCACAGACGGUGCAGAGCAUUCGAGAGGACAUGUACUCCCGCUUUGGCAUUCCAGCCGAGCAAAUCCGCCUGGAGCUUUACGACGCUCGUGACUGCAAGGUUGAAAGCAACAUGAAGGACGAGAAGCUGCUGGGCUUCUACGGCUGCGAGAACGGCUACCGCAUUCACGUCGUGGACCUCCGCCCGGCUGCCCAGGUGGAGAACUUCGAUGACGUGUCACAGGUGGAGAAGUACGAGAUGACCGAGGGGGAGUGGCUGAAGCGGCCCGACAACCUCCGCGCCUUCAAGGAGCGCAUGCUGGCCCAGCAGCGGGCGGAGAUGGCGAAGGCGGGGGUCGAGCUGCCGUCGGGGCCGGACGAGAACAGCUUCAAGGAGGCAGCGGAGAAGAUGAAGCCGGGGGAUCGCUGCUGCUGCGCGCCCGGGGAGCGUCUUGGGACGGUGCGCUACGUCGGCCGCGUGGCGGCGUUGAAGCCCGGCUACUGGGUCGGAGUGGAGUUCGAUGAACCGGUGGGGAAGUCGGACGGUACGGUGAAGGGGGUGCGACUCUUCACGUGCAACGCCAUGUACGGCGGGGUGCUGCGGCCAGACCAGGUGGAGGUCGGCGACUUCCCGCCGGAGACGUAUUAA